AUGGGAAAUAGGCGUUCAUUACGGGUACAGAGUCACCAGAUACUUGUCAACAAAUGUCUUGGUUCUUCCUACAACGUACUCAAAAGGGUGAAGUCAGUUCUCAAGAUCUUUUCCUGCGUGAAUGUAUCUGUCACAUGAUUGUAAAUCAUAUGGGUCUGCUAGCUUGCUCCGCUCCUUUUGGACUAGUGAGCUCCGACGCUAGCAUAUGUGCUUGAUAGUCCUUAGCUUAGAGAGCACAAACCUUCUGCCCCAAACCCCUUUGACAAUAAAAUUUCCGUGCAUUAGCGAAAGCUUGCGCACAAAAUUGCCAGGUAUUCGUCAAAAAGGCUUGUGCCGGUGCUCUACUUAGAAGUAUCCAAAAUGGUCAGUUCGUAAUGUUUACAUCAUAAGGUUGAAGGUUAAACAUGUACAGACUGCCGAAUCACUUUCAGAAUCCAAGCGAUUGCACUCUAUGCUAGCAUCGUAAGUGUAUUCCAUCAAACCCACGGCCUCUUAAUAUCUACUCUAAUGUGAGCUUUGUCUAGCUUGCGUAACAACAAUAAAUAUGCCGACUUGGAGAUUCAUUGCAACGGCAAGGUAUUCAAGGUUCAUAAAGCAAUCGUCUGCGGACAGGUUGACGUUUUUGCCGCAUGUGUAAAUGGUAACUUCAAGGUAGUUAUGUCUUCUCAAUAGGUUCCAGAAUUUUGCUAAGAUAUAUCUUUGAUGCUAGGAAAGCCGCACUGGAGUGGUUGAGCUUGCAGAAGAAAGUCCUGAUAUCGUUGGGUACUUUAUUGAUUUCCUCUAUACCGACAAGUAUGAACCCAAUGGGGAAACAGCCGCCGACAAAUUUGCGAAUUCAGUCGCCAAAGAAGGAGUAAUUCUAUCACAAUCUGGCUCCAAACUGGGGGCUCAAGAUUCCGCAACGGAUCCAUUCUCCUCUGAUCUACUUGUACACACCCACGUUUACGUGAUGGCAGACAAAUAUAUGGUAGAACCUCUUAAAACUCUAGCCAAGAAACAUUUUGAUAAUGCCUUAUCAAAGCUUGGCGAAAAGAACCUACAUAUACUCACUGAAGUUCUAGAGACUGUUUUUGAAGGUUCGCCUGAAAGCGAUAGAGCACUCAAGAAUUCUUGUGUAUCAUUUGCUUGUACUUGGUAUGGCUCCCUUCACGACAGAGGGGAAUUCCGAAGUUUCUGUGAGACAAAUGGAGACAUUUGCCUCAAUAUCAUGGACAAUUUAUACGAUCUGGUUAAGAAACCUGCGAAAGUAACUGCACAACAGUAUACAUGUUGGGGAUGUGGAGGCAGAUUGGACCACCCUUUUUGCCGACGAUGCAAAGUGCAUCUUUAGGGGAGACCAUGGGACAUAUAUUUUCGUUAUUGAGGGAAAUACGCAUUACUGUGAAGGAAACGGAUAG